CCGAGCGUGUCUAUAGAGGGUCGCUGCCUAUCCGGAGGAUGGGAUACCAGAGAGGUGUCACGCGCCGCCAAUAAGGAGGAACUGGGAGAGGAAGUCGUCUAGGCUCUUAGGGUCUCGCAUCCAGCUCUGGGAAGAAAUCAGUGGCUCCCCGAGUAGAAGACUGUUCAAGCGGAAGUGCCAUACUAACCAAGGGAUGAGCAAAGCUGCACGAUGUCAACAAACAGCAAACUCAGUGGACGAGUUUGUUGUUCUGGAGGAGGCAUUUAAAUCCCGACUCACGACUCUAUACUACAAUAAUGCAUACAAGGAUGAGCCUGCCAAAGAUUUCCACACCUUUCUGAGCGGUCUGAAGGAUAAAAUUGUUCACAUCAUCAGUCAGCAACUGCAGACAUAUGGAGCAAUGAAGUUCAAUCUAGUAUUGGAGGCAACAUAUUUCCGCAGCACCCUUGAUAAGACCUUCUUCGAACAAGAAGAGUUUCAGAAUGUCGCCUUCAAAACUCCAAACUACACCAUCUUCAGUAUCAUCAAUCUUCCAGACAUCAUCAACCAAGUGUGCAUGACCCUACUGGAUGAGGAGACGAAAUUCAAAGGAAAUUCCAGUGGAUGGAGUUUGCUUAUCAUCGAUGGAUUGCUCAUCAGGAUUAGCGCCUUCAUCCCCAACAUCUAA